UCGGUGUACAACCCACGUGUUUUCAUUCGCUCGGCUCAGCGCGACGGCGUCGCCGUGCGAAAUGACGUCACGCCUGUUCCGUAACACCGGACGCACGCGGCGGUAGCGUCCGCCAGUCAGACGCUGUCGUGCGUGUGUUGUUUACAGCGCGUGGAGCCGAGCGGAGAGUCUCUACAUGGAGCUGCGCACCGAGCCGGUGGUGGCGAGUUUGGAGAUGUCCGCGCUGCAAGGCGGAGAAGCCGAAGGCGACGGCGUGUGCUCAGAGGACGACACUUAUGAGAGUUUACCUCUGCACGCGUCCUUCAGCACGCACAUGACAGCCGGCGCGGUAGCAGGAGUGCUCGAGCACACGGUCAUGUAUCCGGUGGACUCCGUUAAGACACGCAUGCAGAGUUUACAGCCAGACCCGAAGGCUCAGUACCGCAGCGUGUACGGGGCUCUGAAACAGAUCAUGACGACCGAGGGCUUCCUGCGGCCCUUCAGAGGCCUCAACAUCACCGUAUUGGGGGCGGGUCCGGCUCACGCGCUUUACUUUGCGUGCUACGAGCGCAUCAAGCACAGCCUCAGCGACGCCAUUCAAAAUGGCGGCAACAGCCACAUCGCCAACGGCCUGGCUGGAAGCGUCGCCACUGUGCUCCACGAUGCCGUCAUGAACCCUGCCGAAGUGGUGAAGCAGCGCAUGCAGAUGUAUAACUCGCCGUACCGAGGCCUGUGGGACUGCGUGCUGACAGUAAGCCGUAACGAGGGCAUGGCUGCCUUCUACCGCAGCUACAGCACACAGCUCACCAUGAACAUCCCCUUCCAGGCUCUGCAUUUUAUCACGUACGAGCUGACACAGGAGCGCCUCAACCCUCAGCGCCAGUACCGGCCGGGAACGCACGUGGUGUCGGGCGCGGCGGCGGGCGCCGUGUCGGCCGCUCUCACCACACCGCUCGACGUGUGCAAGACGCUGCUGAACACGCAGGAGGACGUGGUGUUAAAUUCGGCUCGUGUCAGCGGCCACCUCUCAGGCAUGGCUAAUGCCUUCAGGACAGUCUACAGCCUGGGAGGCUUUCCCGCCUUCUUUAAAGGUGUGCAAGCGCGCGUCAUUUACCAGAUGCCUUCGACGGCCAUCGCCUGGUCCGUCUACGAGUCCUUCAAGUACUUCCUGACCCGAGAUGAACAGAACAGCUCGGGACAGGACAGGAAGAGGCGGACAUGAAGAACGUGGAAAGGAACUUGUAGACCAAAUCAGCAACAAAUCCCAGAGGAGCCCCACCGUCUCUCACGCCGUUUAUGUCUCGACCAUAAUUUAGUGUAAAAUUCCGAAACCUUAUUUAUUGGAAGACUUUAAUUGCUGUUACAAACAAAAAUGUUUGUAGGCUAAUAAGCAGUCACAGCUAAACACGCACAAAUAUAGACUAAAAGAAAGGAGAGCGAUAUUGUUUCUCCUGUCACGUAACGCCAGCACUUGGGGUCCGAGUCGUUAUCUUUUAUCGUAAUUAAACCGAUUAGGCUCUGUGUCAGUGUCGAGCGAGCGGACGGUGUCACGGCGAGCCGUUUUAUUCCGUUUCAUACGCGAUCCUCCGUGACGACAGACAAGCAGACAACAUUUUUGAGCUUCUCGGGAUGUUGGAAGUCCUGUAGGUUUUUUUUUUUUUUUUUUUAGUGACCAGCUUUGAAUUUACACAAGUGCUUUUCUUUGACAAAAACACUGCCUUUACUUCCUACAAUUGUAUCCUACCGUAACACCUGCAGUAUCUAGUCGGCGACAUCCCGUAGUUUAAACUCCUGCCGUACGGAGAACUUGUAGCUUAAACACGGUGAACUACUGACAGGUACAUCGAGAGGCUUUAAUAUUACAGUUAUAUAUUAUAUAAUGCCGGUCUAUAGCUAGAUGAGAAACCACGUAAACGUCUCUCCCGUAAGUGGCCUUGCGAUUUUCUGUUCUGUAUUCUAAGCUUCAAAUUCUUGUCUACUUUUCCUAACCUACAGAAAAACACAAGGCUCGAAUGUUUGCAGAACACACACUCCUUAAGAAGGUACAAUAAAGCCGUUAACGGGCAGCUCGGCAAACCGUUUCGGAGAUUUCAAGCGUAACCGUCUCGUCUUUGAGCGUCGAGUGCAUGGGACUGAAAUUACGCACAACAAUAUAAAGCUCCUGGGAGUGUAACAUAUUUGGUGGGUUAUUAUAAUGACAGAGAGGUUCCACCUUUUUGUCUUUUGAUUUUUUUUAGCUCUGAUUUUAGAGCACGUGCGUAUGCCGGUCUCGGCGUCGGACCAACAGCCCGACGCUCACCAAAAACGUAGGCUUCUUGUUUUUACAUUUCCUUAAAUCGACAUUUCAGAUGUAUAUAUUAAGACAAAUCUUGUAGUGGAAACAAAACAUGAGAUGGAAAUUUUUUUUUUUUUUUUUUUAGCACAUCAUGAUUUUAUUUCCUUGUGGACAAUCAGAAUCUUGUGGUUUUAUGAUCUAUGCAGCUUUAUCCCAUUCUAACUAUGGGGUAAAAACGGGGAUCUUUUUGUUCACUCGUGUGGGUGAAGAUGAUUUAUCGUGUACAUUUGGCAUUAUAAACCUUCCUAUUUAGCAGAAGGUCCUUUAUUUGUUGCUUUACAUUCCCCCUAAAUGUCUGUCCAGAAUUGAUGGACAUUUGCGUUAAAUUCCACUGAUAUUUUUUAGUUAUUUGUUUCUUUUUUUUUUUUUUAAUUAAAUGUGUAUUGGGUUUAUUUUCCAUCGCCUUGUGUAGUAUUGAAACGGUGUAUUCCUGUAACACUGGCUAUGUUUACAUGCAAAGAUUUACACCAAUCCGAACGAAUGCAACCGAAUGGAAGAUCUUAGGACUGCAGGAAAGCUGAUUUGAUGGAAUAUUUCUUAGAACAUUUCCCUGAUUUUUCAGAAGAAAGGAAGUGGCUCCGAUAAGCAGCCGGAAAAUAAUCGACAUUCUGAAAUCAUCCCUAGCAAAAUUAGACGCGCUCACCCGUCAAUCACAGUGACAUUAUCCAGUCGUGUGCGUCUGUGGGCUCGUGUAUGCGGAAGAGGGCAGAUAGCAGUUUCCUUAUAGAACGUGUCACGACUCACAAUCGAGCGGCACUUUGAACAGAUUUAAUGGCUGGCUUUAUGAGUCUUGAAGGAAGAUGGUGUUAGUUUGAAUUUUCCCCGGUUGGUAGCAGUAUGAUUUUGGGUGGGAAAUUACAUCGACCUAACUUGGCGGAAAACAGACGGGGAAAAGGGAGGGAGGUCACUGGGGGCAAAAUAUAUAUUUAAGAACCUUUGGGCUAAGAGAUUUGGACUUUACCGGUGCAGCAGGAAAUUAGUGACCUCUCAGGAAAAAUUCCGAUAAAAUAUUUCACUCAUCAGCGUGAAAGAGAGCAUCUGAGUAAAGGUCAUUUAUUUAUAUAUUUAUAUUUACUUUAAAGUUCUUAUGUUAGCAAUAUCAGCAACUAUCGUCAGACGAUUUGACCUCCUGCGUCCGCUGCAUCCUCAGUGAACGUCUGGCCAACAGUCUACUCCAUGAGCGUCCCAUCAUAUCCAUCAUAUCCAUCAUAUCCAUUCCAUUAAAGCAGAAGCCACAUGAAUGUCUGUUUAAAGCCAAUAUCAACUGAAUAAACAGGUGAAAUCUGGCGUGCCUUUCUAGAUUUCUGGAUUUGAUCGAGCUCCCGUACUCUACCCGAAAGCAAAGGAUAUUUCAUUUGAAAUCGGUUCACCAGUAACACCAGUGUUUUCUCACAAUAUCUUCCACACACACACAUCACUCUGAAAUGAUUAAAAAAAUCUACUGAAUUGGAUCAGAAACAAAGGUUUACAUCGCUGUUAUUCUUUUAUUUCUUAUUUUUUGAACAGAUUAACAUCUUUCCCAAUGUUAUUUGGAUUGGCCUUCAUUAUGACCGUGCAUUCUGGAUUAUUAACAGAUCUUUCGGCUUGCUGAUGCCUUUUGUACAGUAUACCAAGACCCAAAGAUUCAGAGAUAAAUCUCUACAAAUAGAUGUAUGUAAUAAUUAAUAUUAUUAGAGUUCAUUAGGUAUAGUUUCUUCUGAGGAUCUUUAAAUUCCUCUUUUAUUCCACAACUUAUGCUCGCAUUAGAUGCGUAGAUGCUCCAUCAUAAUAACUCGCUUUUUCAGUUCUUGUACGCUUUCACUGCUGCGCUGACUGAGAAUGAAUAUCUUGAUAAACGCACAAAACCUUGCUUUAGUUGCUUUAGAUGUGUUUUUUUUUUUUAUAUAUUUUCAUCAUGAUUCCCGUCUGGAUCGAUUCUCAUUCCAUUGUGAAAACCCUUCCUGGUUUAAUGUGAAGAAUCUGAUGAAUCAAACAGUGCUGCUUUCUUCACGAACGAUACCAGGAAGAGUUUUGAACACAGUGUCAUUUACAGUACUAAAUAUACCAAGCAUUGGAAAAAAAAAAGUUAUCAUGCAAGUUUGAUUUGUGAAAAUGCUGCUACAGUUUGUAACACUGGAGCUGAAAUAAAGAUGUAAUUAAAUGUU